CGUCACAUCUCCAUCCCUCCCACCACCACCUCCCCCCCCCUCUCCUCACUCCCCACACUCCUUCCACCUUCGGAGCCAUGCCUUCAAAAAAGGCGGCCUCCGGCGCCGCAGCGCCUCCCCCAGCCCCGCCCCCCGUGCAGGCUGUGCCUGCCCCGGCGGCCCCCGUCGCAUCGAUCGCCGACGUAGAGGUCGUCCUUCCGCCCAAGACUGCGUGGCCCCUCCCCGACAUUCCUACGAGCACCAUUGACAACACGCAGAGUCUGUUGCGCUUUGUGAUUCUGGCGUUCAUCACGGGUGCCGCCGUUGCGAGCCGUCUGUUCGCUGUCAUCCGUUUCGAGAGUGUCAUCCAUGAGUUUGACCCCUGGUUCAACUACCGCGCGACGAAGGUGCUCGUCAACGAGGGCUUCUACGAGUUCUGGAACUGGUUCGACCCCACAGCUUGGUACCCACUUGGCCGCACUGUCGGCGGCACCGUGUACCCCGGUCUGAUGGUCACUUCCGGCCUCAUUUGGACCUUCCUUCACAAGAUUAACAUGCCGGUCGACAUCCGCAAUGUGUGCGUGAUGAUUGCCCCGGCGUUCUCGGGCCUCACUGCUCUUGCGACGUACGGCUUCACGACCGAGAUGGCUGCGCCCUCGACUGGCCUGCUCGCUGCGGCGUUCAUCGGCAUCGUUCCGGGCUACAUCUCGCGUUCGGUCGCUGGCUCAUACGACAAUGAGGCCAUCGCCAUUUUCCUUCUUAUGGCCAUUUUCUACUUCUGGAUCAAGGCGCUCAAGACUGGUUCGGCUCUCUGGGGCACCGUUUGCGCCCUGUUCUACGGCUGGAUGGUGGCUGCGUGGGGUGGCUACGUCUUCAUCACCAACAUGAUUCCCCUGCACGUCUUCGUGCUCGUCCUCAUGGGUCGCUACAACAACCGCGUCUACGUUGCUUACACUUCGUGGUACGUCCUCGGCACAGUCGCGUCGAUGCAGGUCCCCUUUGUCGAGUUCCUGCCCAUCCGCACGUCCGAGGGUAUGGCCGCUCUCGGCAUCUUUGGCCUCCUCCAGCUCAUUGCUUUUGUCGAGACGGUACGCAAGCUCGUUCCCGGAAAGCAGUUCGAGCUUCUUUUGCGCGCUUUCGUCGCCCUCGUCGCUAUUGUGGCGUUCGUCGUCCUCGUCGCCCUCACCUUCUCUGGCUGGAUUGCCCCCUGGACUGGCCGCUUCUACUCGCUGUGGGACACUGGAUACGCCAAGGUGCACAUGCCUAUCAUUGCGUCGGUGUCGGAGCACCAGCCAACCGCAUGGCCCGCGUACUUCUUUGACCUGCAGAUGCUUAUCUGGCUCUUCCCUGCUGGUCUCUUCUGGGUCUUCAAGGAGCUCCGCGACGAGCACGUCUUCGUCAUUGUCUACGCCUUCUUCGCCUCCUACUUCUCCGGCGUCAUGGUCCGCCUCAUGCUUGUGCUCACUCCGAUUGUGUGCGUGUCGGCGGCCAUUGCCCUCUCUCGCCUCCUCCACGCCUUCAUGGACCCGGUGCUUCCCACCGUCGUGGAGGACGAGGCACCCAAAUCCAAGAAGGCUGCAAAGAAGGCCGCAAACGUGCAGCAGCAGUCGGCUCAAACAUUUGAACUCUCUGGUCUGCUGUCGGGCAAGCGCUCGCAGGGUAUUUUCCACCUUGACUCGCGCAUCUCCGUGGUCGCCGUCAUCGGCCUGCUCCUCAUCAUGUUCGUCCACCACUGCACGUACGUGACAUCGUCGGCGUACUCGUCGCCAUCGGUAGUGCUGUCCUCGCGCAACCCCGACGGGUCGCAGAACAUCAUUGACGACUUCCGCGAGGCAUAUUACUGGCUCCGCCAGAACACGGACAAGGAUACAGUCAUCGCGUCAUGGUGGGACUACGGCUACCAAAUCGCCGGCAUGGCCGACCGCGUUACACUCGUGGACAACAACACCUGGAACAACACGCACAUUGCCACUGUCGGCAAGGCCAUGGCCUCGUCCGAGGAGAUUGCGUACCCUAUUCUGCGCAAGCACGAUGUUGACUACGUGCUGGUCAUCUUUGGUGGACUGCUGGGCUACUCUGGUGACGACAUCAACAAGUUCCUGUGGAUGGUGCGCAUCGCCCAGGGCGAGUGGCCCGACGAGGUGCACGAGCCCAACUACUUCACGCCUCGGGGAGAAUACGCUGUGGACGACCGGGCGUCGCCGGCGAUGCGCAACUCGCUCAUGUACAAGAUGUGCUACCACCGCUUCCCGGAGCUGUACGGCGGCCACCCUGCGCAGGACCGCGUGCGGCACCAGGUGAUCCCCGCGCACGGCAGCCACGAAGACUUGAACGUCAUCGAGGAGGCGUUCACGUCGGAGAACUGGAUUGUGCGCAUCUACGCUGUGAAGAAGGAAGACCCCUUCGGACGCACGCUGCAGGAAGCGACAGCGUUCCAAAAGGGGAGCAGGCCCAAGCCGCGGGCGAGGAAGACGCAGUAAAACGCGCAGUGCGCUAGAUGCAUGUAGAUGAUCUUGACCC